AAAAUGGAGACAGCGCAUUCGGCAAUGAAGAUUCUGUACGACCAGCUGUCCUGUGAACCGUCGGGUCUUCCCGAGGACUUUGUACUGGAUCAAACUGAGGACCUGCUGUUCUGGGCCAGCAUGGCGGGUAACACACCCUUGGUCAGGGACUGCCUGGACACCGAGCUGUACGACAUCAACAGACGUGUGCACAAACAGCGAACUGCAGUGAUGGUGGCAGCGCUGGGAGGUCAACACACAAUAUAUCAACUGUUAAUGUCGGAAGGUGCCGAUCUGUCCUUGUCUGACGAGGAUGGCAGCAACUGUGUUCAUCUCGCUGUGGAAGGAGGGUCUGAAUACAUAGUGAGCAAUCUGCUGUCGUGGGGAAUCCAUGACGUCAACGCGAGGGGGAAGCUUGGUCGAACAGCCGUUCAUUUAGCUGCAAUGAACAAUCGUAAAAAAGUAUACGACGUCUUGGUAGCUGCCGACGCUGAUAUAUCCGGGGCUGAUGCUGAUGGGAACAACUGCUUGCAUUUAGCGGUUGAGAAGGGAAAUGUGACUAUUGUCAGGGACAUACUGGGUAAAAGACCACUGGAUAUAAACGUUGUUGGGGCCCACGGCAGAACUGCCUUGGUAACAGCAGUUCUGAACAACCACCUUGAGCUGGUGGACUACUUGGUUUCCAUGGGAGCGGAUGUGACUAUCAGGACUGAUACGUUGCUGGACUGUCUGACAGCGGCAGUGGUAGCUGGCCACGUCUCCAUGUUGCUCAUGUUGCUGGACUUGGAGAUGUUUGACAUCAACAGAAGAGGACAAUAUGGACGCACUGCAGUCAUGGUUGCUGCUUUGCUGGGGAAGUGUCAAGAAUAUGAUGCAUUAGUCUCUGUCCACUCUGACGUAAAGCUGUUGGAUGAUUUCGGCAACGACUGUUUAUUACUUGCAGCGAUUGGCGGCAGUGAGAAGGUAGUUCGACAUCUCAUUUCACUGAAGGCUUUCAACAUCAACAGACAACAGGAAAACCAAUCGACUCCUGUGUUUGCUGCGGUUUGUCAAAACCACCAGAAGGUGUUUGAUCUGUUUGUUGCUGCAGGAGCUAACGUUGCCUUGACAAGCAUGGGUGACACUUGUUUGAUAAAGGCCUGUGAGACAGGGAACUGUCACAUCGUGGACACGCUGAUAGCAAUGAAGUCACAGGACGUCAACCACAGAGGGCAACACGGGUGGACGGCAGUGAUGAUGGCUGCGUUGAAAGGUCAUGUGGAUGUCUUACAAAUCCUUGUUUCUGAAGGUGCAGACUUGACACUCACCGACGACGACGGUAACAACUGUCUUAUGCUGGCAAGCGUGUAUGGUCAAGUUAAGAUGAUUCAGCAUCUCCUUUCUAUAGACAACGUGUUUGACACCAACAGACAAGGUCAGGAUGGGAAGUCAGCCGUCAUGGCUGCUGCCAACGAAGGACAUUAUGACGUAUUCAAAGUAAUGCUAAACAGAGAUGCAGAUCUCCGUAUUGUUGAUGUUUAUGGCAGCAACUGUCUCAUCCUGGCUUGUAUCGGCGGGAAUGCCCUCAUAGUGCAGCAUCUGCUGGCCAUGAAUAUGUUUGAUGUGGAGGGUCGAGGGAAGGACGGCUGGACUCCUCUGCUGGCUGCUGCAGCAUCAGGCCAGCAGGAGGUAUUCCACAUGUUGGUGGACGCCGGGGCAGAUGUUACCGUCAAGGAUGCAGACCACGACAACUGCUUGAUGCUAGCUUGUAUAGGGGGAAAUGCGGCGGUCGUUCAAGAACUCCUCCAAAUGAACACGUUUGAGAUCAACGGACGGGGUGGGAAGGGCUGGACGCCAGUAAUGUUUGCAACCUUUUAUGGUCAGACAGAAAUAUUUGAUAUUUUGUUUAAAGCAGGAGCAGAUGUGUCUUUGACUGACAACAAUAACAAUAGCUGUUUGAUUCUGGCGGCAGCAGAGGGUCACGUGGACAUUGUUAAGCGACUCCUGGCGGUGACGUCGAUGGACGUGAAUGGCAGAGGUAGACGGGGAUGCACGGCUCUGCUGCUCGCAGCGCACGGGGGACACAUGGAUGUGUUCCAGCUUCUGUUGGCCCAUGGAGGAGAUCUGGCUGUGGUGGACGAGAAUGGUGCCAACUUCACACACUAUGCUAAACACUGGAUAAGGGAGACAGUGAAGGAUGUUCCAUUGGUGAGGCUACAGCUUAUAUCGGAGCUGAGGGGAUCGAUGAUCCGUUCUUCGUCAUUUGCUGGUUCAAUCAGGGGCACGUUUGGAAUGGUGGGUUAGGGCAAGGUCAUGAGCUAUCAGGAUUACUCAUCUCGGGAGGGUUACGGAAGAAAAAUACUGGAACUCAAUUCACUAGUUUUACUAGACUAUCACAUUGCGAAAGACAAUCUGGAGGUAGGUCAUCAGAAUGAAAGUUCGCCUUGUUCAGUCCCAAUGAGAGGUUUUUAAUAUGAAUUGUAUUGCUGUUAGCAGAAGUAUUUCUGACAAACUGAUGCAGAGGAACCGCUGUUGUGAACUUGAACGAAUUCGUUCAGCGAUGCCUGUGAUCGCACGAUGAAAGAUGUUGAUUUCCAAGACACGACCUAGCCUUGAAGUUCAAAUAUGGAACAAGUUACGAUUAAAUAAUAAUCUUUGGAGGGUUAUUUUACAAGAAUAUAAGCAUUUAAACUUGAAUUGGAGCAUUA